GCCUGCCGCCCCUCCACAUCUCACCACCUCCUCCUCCCCAAACAAGGGGUGCGCGAGAAAACCACCCCCAGCUUCCCAGCUUGCCCUUCCCUCCCUCCCUCUCUGGUCUCUGCUUCCCCAGCCGCCCCAAUGUCGCCGCCCCUCGAGCCCCACGACUACAUCGGCCUCUCCGCCGCCUCCGCCGCGCCGCCGACGCCGACCUCCUCCUCGUCCUCCUCCUCCUCGCCGGCGCCGCGCCUCACGCUCCGCCUCGGCCUGCCGGGCUCCGACUCCCCCGACCGCGAGGACGUCGCCGCCGCGCUCUCCCUCGGCCCACCGCCCGCCGCCGCCGCCUGCUCCGCCAAGCGCGCCUUCCCGGACCCCUCCCCCCGCGCCGGCGCCGCCAAGGCCGGCGACGGCAAGCAGGCGCCCCCCGCCGCGCCGCCGGCCGCCAAGGCGCAGGUGGUGGGAUGGCCGCCCGUGCGAAACUACCGGAAGAACACCCUCGCCGCCAGCGCCUCCAAGAGCAAGGCGCCGGCGGAGGAGGCCGCGUCCGGGGGCGGGCCCAUGUACGUGAAGGUCAGCAUGGAUGGCGCGCCCUACCUCAGGAAGGUGGACAUCAAGAUGUAUUCCAGCUACGAGGACCUCUCCGCGGCGCUCGAGAAGAUGUUCAGCUGCUUCAUCGCUGGUCAAAGUGGUCUGCGUAAACCAUCGAGCAAAGACAGACUUACCAAUGGCACAAAGGCGGAUGCCCUCCAAGACCAGGAGUAUGUCCUUACAUAUGAGGAUAAGGAUGCGGACUGGAUGCUUGUUGGUGAUCUUCCCUGGGAUUUGUUUACCACUAUCUGUCGGAAGUUGAAAAUCAUGAGGGGAUCUGAUGCUGUUGGAAAGGCCCCAAGAACCAUUGAGCAGACAGGUCAGAACAAAUAAUCUUGGCCUUCAACUGCACGAAAGACAUCUGAGUUAGCAGGGAGAUGAUGUUGAAGGCUGAAAUAGUUCCUGGGGAUUAUCUAAAAUUCCCCGAAUGUUAGUGUAGAUUCACGUGUUAUUGAGUUGUGCAUUUGUAUGUCUGUAAUGUGAUCCUUCAGAUUGUGCAAUCCUAGGUUGCUCUUAUUGUGCCCUUCAAAAGGCCAAAUCAGAGGGCACUCUGUUUCCUGUGUGUGCUUGCUUUACUGCAUUCCCUGUUACUCCAAAAUCACCCAUCAUGCCACAAGAACUGAUUGCUUCAUAAUGUCAAGAAAGUUCUCCAAAUUGUUCA